AUGCCACAUGGACCUUAUUUAUUUAGUCAUCAUUGGCCAUUUACAUCGAUUACUAUUCAUUAUCAAAAACAACAAACUCGAGGUGUAUGUUAUCGAGAUGGUACUCUUCAUUUUAUUCUCAGUAAUAAUCAAUUAUGUUCUGGACUGUAUUAUGGUGGACAAGCGAAACUCUUCUGUCAAUUUAAAAAUAAUGAAUAUUGUAUGAUUAAUAUGCAAACAAGCGAUGGUAGUCCAUUAACAUGUGUUGGAUCGAAAAUAAAAUCAAUGACAAUUGUAUCUAUUUUAUGUUUUCUUCUUAUCAAUUUCAUUUAUAAAAAUCGAUUAUUAUUUGAUUAA